AGAAUUAAAUUGAAAUUAGGUUGAUAAACAAGUGAAAAUAAACAAGUGAGUUUAAUUUAUUGGACUUAUCAUUUCGUUAUUAUUAAUUCUAUCUUGUAAAAAUUGAUUGCUCCAAAAUUAACAACUAUUAUGUUCUCCAGAAAACUUAUUAAUCCAUUAAAAAAAAUCGAUAUCAAAUUGUUGUCGACAGAUGUCAAUUUAUCUAAUGGAUUAAUAAAUAUGUCAAAAAUGAAAAAAAUUAAAGAAUCUGAUAGAAUGAAAAAAUUUCGUGAAAAGUUAAAAAUAUUUUCUCAGAAUGUAAAUCAAUUUCAAGAUCCUCUUUUAAUUGAAAUUAAUCCAAAAACUGGAGAGUUUCAACCAGAUAGUGAACCAGAACCAACUAAAUGGGGAGAUUGGCAGCAUGGAGGUCGGGUUAGCGAUUUUUAAUUUGAUACUCACUGAAUUAUUCAUAUACCAUCUUCAUUUCGUGAUAUAUAAAUUGUAUAUCCAAAUUACAAAGAAAAUUAACAAUCAGUUGAUUUUUCAAUUGUUCUUUUAAUCUAAAAAAUAAUACCAACUGUCCUUACGCUAUUUUAUAUCUAAAUACUGGCAUUACUAUUCACUUUUCUGUUACUCAAAUAUAUUUUUU